AGCAACGAUGGCACCCAAGAAGGCCAAGAAGACAGCCGACUCCAUCAACUCGCGCCUAGCGCUUGUGAUGAAGUCCGGAAAGGUGACAUUGGGAUACAAGUCGACCUUGAAGAGUCUCCGCUCCGGCAAGGCUAAGCUCGUUAUCAUCGCCGGCAACACUCCGCCGCUGCGCAAGUCUGAGCUCGAGUACUAUGCCAUGCUGUCAAAGACCUCCGUCCACCACUUCUCCGGAAACAACAUUGAGCUGGGCACUGCGUGCGGUAAGCUCUUCCGCUGCUCCACCAUGGCCAUCCUCGAUGCCGGUGACUCCGACAUUCUGAGCACCAACCCUGCGUAAACGGGCGAGGAUAUGGCUGUGGGCGGCGUUGAGCGGGUAGAUCAAUGGAUAUGAUAGCACCUCUCAUACG